UGUGUCUGGUGCCGUACAUGGCUGUCUUCCUUCCCAGGGCUUGGGCCGAUCCCUCAGUGAUGUCAACCUGAUGUUUGAGUUCUUGUUGGGUAGAGUAGAGAUCGACAAAGACAACAACGUCAUCUUGCUGGACCUGGAGAUGGCAUCAAUGAGGCACGGACGGGCUUUCCUCACUCGCAUCAACGACAACAUCCCCAAGAUCCUCUCUUCCAUGGAGCAGAUGGUGAAGGCCCUGGAGGACCAGAGAGGGGCUUUCCCUCUGGCUGCACCCCGCUUUGAGAGCCUCAUCCUGGGCAUGGUCUACUCUGCCCACCAGGCCAAGUUCCAGGAGAGAGAGGAGGACCAGGAGAAAUGGGGAGAGGUGCUGACACGUUUAGCUGAUGUUACAGUCAACGAGCUGCGUAGACCGGAAGCCAUCACAACAUUUACUUAG